AUGAACUUCACUGUUGUUCGUCCUAAAUCCCGCUACCAUCCAUAUUCUUCUAAGAAUUACGUCUCGACGCUGGGAGAUCGUGUUUACGGUAGCUCUAAGUUAUCGCGGCCGCUUUGUGAGUCGCUGAGUUGGUCGAAAAGAUGCGAGACACCUGCGAAAUCGGAAUGGAAUUGGGACGAGAUCAAGCUCACCAGUGCUCAAGAGCAAGUCUUCGACAAAAUGGUGGACCACUUGAAAUCAGGCAGUCAGUUCUUUGACUUUCUUUCGGGACUUGCUGGCUGUGGGAAGAGUGUGGUCCUUGGGAAGUUUGCCAACCACGUGCGUUGUCACUAUGGGUACAAGGAGUCUUGUGCCAUCACGGCGUAUACCGGUAUGGCAGCGCAGAACGUUCAAGGAGUGACGCUUCACUCGCUUCUUCGAAUUUUUCCUGGCCAAAAACCGUUCACCCCGUUGAGUAGAGACACAACAAACCAGUUGUUCAACGCUUUGAGUCGUCUCCGUGUACUGAUUAUUGAUGAGAUCAGUCUGAUCUCAGCGCUGUUUCUGGCACAGAUCGAUCACCGGCUCCAGGAAAUCUUUGGAUCUGACAAUCCGUUCGGUGGAGUCUCGGUUGUGGUGUUUGGCGAUUUCCUGCAACUCCCACCGGUCACGUCUUCUCGUGUUCCAGAACACGUUUUCAGCUGCGUACCUGGUGAGUACCGCGCCGUUCGAGCAACUGUCACCCCAAAGUCACCAUCAAGACUUUGGGGGCUCUUCAACAUGUUGGAAUUGGAGGAAAACAUCCGGGCGAAGGAUCGGGAGGAAGCCCGAGUUCUUGCGGCAAUUCGUCUUGGCGAGUGCACCGAAACGAUCAGUGGCUUCCUUCACCACAAAUGCCGGAUGGAUGGAGGCAUGCCAGAAGACAUCUACCGGGAAAUUCGACUUUUGGAAAAUGAAGACCCCGAUAAAGUCUUCAUGGUUCUCGCGAAGACGUGCGCAAUGGUCAAAGCGUUGAACGAAUGGGUAUUCAACCAUUCGAAAAAGCGUAUCGUUUUGGAGCCAAGCACUGAGUCUUCGUUGACUACAACAGGAUUCAGUCUCCGAGGUGAAAGAUGUUCCUUAAAACUGGUUGUUGGCAAGAGAGUCAUGGUGACACACAACUUGCCACUUGAGGGUUUGGCCAAUGGUGUGAUGGCUCGUUUGGUUCGCAACUCUCGGGAAUAUCUGGUGCUGGAAAGACUGGAUAACCAGAAGACUGUGUACCUCGAUCGUAAAUUAUUCACGGAUGGUCAACGAUAUUGGCACCAGUUUCCUGUGGUCAUGGCAGAGGCAAUCACAGUGCACAAAUCCCAAGGCAUGACGUUCGAUGGCGUGGUGAUCGUCACCGAGGGAAUGAAUCGCUGGAGCGGCGGUAUUUUUUAUACCGCUUUGAGUCGAGCGCGUUCCCUGGGGACUUCAAGGAUCGUCGACGUGGAUAAAUCGGCUAGAAUUCAUGAAAAUCGAUACGAAGAGCAGCUACCAGCGAUGAGUCACUAUGUAAACAACGGAUGUGGGUACAGUGUACCUGAGCUUGCUAAGAGAUCAAAACCCCAAAUCUCGCCGACUAUCCGAAGACACUCAUCCAACGUGAAAACGUAUGACGCUAUUCAAUUCCGGGAUAAAUUGAGAAGAGGUGUAUCCCUAGAAAACAUUGGUCCCCAUCGUGUCUGUUUCUAUCCACAACCAACACCAUCCCACCGCAAUCCACCAAACGCAAAUCGUCCGAUUAUAUUCUCAAAGCUCCGACCGUACGCAGGUGAUCCGAUGCAUGCUGCCACGUUGCCAAGAAAUUACGGACUCCACGACACAUCUGCCACGUGGAACGACCGAAUCCUCUACAACAAUAUGGGAGCAUCUACAGUAGGACGAGGAGGUCAAAAUGGGCACAUUGUUCACGGUGGAAGGUGGGUGUUUUGA